AUGAAGAAGGGACCGCGAGUGGCGGAGGAAAGGGAUAGUCGAGUUUUGAGCGAUGACUCUGAAGAAAAGCCUCUGAAAAAGCAAGCAGCGCAGAAGAGCCGAGUUUCGAAUGAUGACUCGGAAGGAAUACCCCUUGGGGAGAGAAGAGCACAGAAGAAGAGACCACGCGUGCCGGUGAAGAAGGAUAAUCGAGUCGCAAAGGAUGACUCGGAAGACGACGACCAGCCUCUUUUCAAUAUCUUAAAGAAGAGAGCUAAGAAAAUCAAGAUCAUGCCGUCUCGCGAGAAGUCGUCAUCCUUUGACUGA